GCUCACAGCAACUGGUCGCACGUUUUCCCUUAGCGCGAAUUAUACACACUCGACAUUCGUCACUCGACAAAUUCAGUCGUAGAGUCAGGCGAGUAUCUCGUAUUGUUGCCGUCUCGUCGUCGUAUUGGCAAAUCGGUGUUGCUGCUAUCGCUUAGCCGCAUUGUCGAAUCGGAAGUGUGUGUAACGUGUUUCGUGGAUUUCCGUUAUUUCGCGACAUUACGCGACUUGUGCUUGCAAUUUGUGCUACGAACCUUAAAAGCCAACUAGUUUUCGUAUUUCUGCAUUACUUAAGUGAAAUUGUAAGGCUCAAGAAAUACGUUUAAAAGUGUGAAAUAGUGGGCCUAUACAUUGUGUGGUGUGGUGUUGGUGUGUGCGCGCGUAUUAGAUUUUCAAUUUUCAGCGCCCCGUCAUCGGUGUCGGGGAAUCUGUGUCACCUACCCAGAAGAGUGACGUUUGACGCACGUUCGACAAAAUUGUUUACAAAGAAGCUGCGGCAGCAAAAACAUUACAUUGAGCGCGCCUAAAUGCAAUUUUACUGAUUCACAAAGCGCAUAAAUUACACUUGCCAACGGAGCGUCGAAACUAAUUUGAACUUUCGCACUGAAAUUACGAAGGUCGUACACGUCGAAAAUGCUGUUGCCAGGCAGUAGAACUAUUCAUACGCCCCACUUGCUGUUGCUCAUUGUUGGAGCGCUGUUCUCGGCCCCGUUUGUUGGCGCGGAAAUCGCCUCAGCCACUGACGAUUCUGCCCGUAUGUUCGCUAAUGGUUUGGCGAGGCGCGUGUUUAGCACCGACAGCGGUGGCAAUGGCUGUUCCGCACGCAAAUUUCAAGCGAUGGCCAAAGCUAUCGAUGACGUCGAGGACCUGGAAUUGGAUGUGCCGGUUAAUAUCGCCUUUGAUAAUCAUCAGAAAAAAAGAUUUUUGCUAAACAUAAAUUCCUCAGCACCGCUCACCAUCAACUUCUCGCAGCAGGUCGUGCGCAAGAUUUACUACAAUCAAACUGUAAAUUUAUCGCGUUCACUCAAAUCGGAUCAACACACCGUGGUGCUGCCCUGUGCGCUGCGCGGCCAGUAUGAUAUAUUCGUGCAGGCCCGCCAGCGCGGCUCCAUCAAAAUCGAGGCGCAUGCAGCACAUCCGCAGUCCAGCUGGCCGCUGCUCAAUCGCACGCAUCACAUACGCAUACGCACGCAGAAUCUGGUGCGCAAUCGUCAGAUGAUUGUCAAGUGGGACAAGAGUAAAUUCGAUUUCCAUGCGGUGCAUUACUGCCUGGUGGUGAAUACGCAGCGGCGGCAAUUGAAUUUCUGUAACGCCGUCAAUGACUACUUCACAAGUGCGACGGCCCAUGAAAAUGGCGGUGCGCCAGCCAACUGCUAUCCCGGCUCUGUGGUGGACUACAUUUGGUUAAGGCCACCGGAGCGUGCUAAGAAAAUUGAUGUACGCAACGUUAACAUUAUCUGUACGGGCGCCCACACGCAACAGCUGCUGAGGGGAGUGCUGCCGAAUCUCACAUAUUACCUGGACAUCUUUGGAGUUCACACUCGCCGCCAAAAUCUCACAUUUCACAUUGCCUCCGCACAAGUGGAUUACAACCGUACGCAUCCGGUGGCGCUCAACGACAAUAUGCUGACUAUGAGGAAAAUAUCUGGUCUGAACGGCGUGCAGGUCUUCAGUUUUAAGGUUCCUGGGAAAGAAACAGUUUUGCCAUUAGUAGCUCUGCAGCUGCGUUAUCUCAUUGUGCCGUGUGGCGGUAGCGAAAUCGAUAUAAAAAUACUACGUAAUCGCACACUCAUGGGCAACGCGACCGGCAUAUAUAGGCCCACAUAUAUACGACUAUCGGAAGUGUAUAAGGGUCAGCGGUAUAUAGCGCGCUUCACGCCCAGUAACGUAGAUGAGACGCUGCGGGCACACAAAGUGGGAUUAGCUGUCACCACAACUGGCAUCUUUCAGCACCUGCCAGAGCUGCCGGCUGACAUCACUGUUUUCGAGGUCAGCACCCGCUGUUCCGUAGCCACGAUUGCAUGGUACAGUUCGCCGGACAGCCGAGCAAUCAGGUACUGUGUAAUUGUGUUCAAUUUGCCGCAGCGUAAUCGGAGCUCUAUCGAUUACACGAACUACUGCCUCGACUUUGGACGGCGUGUGGUGCAGCAUCCGCUAUUUCAAUCCAUUAAAUGCUUCGAACGUUCAAAAAGUUCUCCACUCGAAACGCGUACCAUAUUCAAUCUGACACCCGGUGAGACAUAUCUCAUCUAUGUCACGGCGAAUCUGAACGAGGGAAGACCACUGCCAUACCAAACACUGCGGAUCACAAUGGGUCAUCGGUGCAGCAAUGAACUACUCGAUUCGCGAGAGCCCACCACAUAUUAUUGAAUGCGCUCGCAAUAAAGUUCCUCCUAUAGUAAGACACAAUUGUGGGAAAUGAACUAAAGCGCAAAGACAGGCGCCUGCAACAUGCAUUGCUUGCGUCAACAACUACGUAUUUGUAUUAGAUUAUGUGCAGCUUCUGACAGGUUUAAUACACACGCAAGUGAGCUUGAAAUCACUUGAAAAUCUCACAAUAUUGCUUGUAAAAUAUACACACACGCAUAUAUACAUAUAUAUAAGUGAGUAUAUGUUUAUUUAUAUACAAAAACAAUGUAAUUGCCAGUUCAACCAGCUAAGCGCUAAAAGACGUAAGCCUCCGCCAAUGAAAUAUUUGCUAAAGAUAUGUAUGUAAAUGAAUGUCGUUAUUAUUACGCAGGAUGUAUAAUGAAAAGUGUUGCCUAUAUUUAGGCGCUUGGCUUACCCAGUGGGAAAGUGUAUGGUGUGUAAUAUGUGAAUGACUUUCACUGUGCAUAAUUAAAUUUUAUCUUUCGUUUUUGUGCUCUUAUCACGCUUAAUUCACAAUACUGCGGCAAUAUAUAUGUACAUAUAUAUGUGUAUAUAUAUAUAUGCAUAUAUGAUUUGUUCUAUUUAUAUAUUAUUUGCUGAGAUAACAGUAUCAAUUAUUCGACCGCUGCCGUAUGUCACUUCAUUGAGCUCAAAUUAGUAUCUAUCUUUAAUAUUAAUUAGAGUUUGCGCUAGAGUUUAUAAAAAGUUCAUGAAAUCGGCUAAUCUAGUACUCGCUGAAAUAUAGUGAUGCCUUGAUUUAAUGAUUUUUUAUACUCUCGCAACAAAGUUGCUAAGAGAGUAUAAUAGUUUUGUUCACAUAACGGUUGUUUGUAACACCUAAAACUAAAAGAGUUAGAUAUAGAGUCAUUUAUACCAAAGUGAUCAGGGUGACGAGUAGAUUUGAAAUCUGGAUCUCUGUCCGUCCGUCCGUCUGUGCAAGCGAUAACUUGAGUAAAAUGGAGAUAUCCUAAUGAAACUUGGUACACAUAUUCUUUGACACCAUGAGACGGUUGGUAUUGAGAAUGGGCGAAAUCGGCCGACUACCACGCCCACAAAAUGACGAAAACCGAAAACAUAUAAAGUGUCAUAACUAAGCUAUAAAUAAAGUUAUAAAAGUAAAAUUUGGUACAAAGGAUCGCUCUAGUGGGUGUGGCCCCGCCUCCAAACAGGUUUUUUGUAUAUAUCUCGCAAGCCAAUAAUGCUAUAUAAAACAAACUUUCUGCAGUCGGUUCUCUUACGUACCCCACCAUACAUUAUGAAAAUAGUUGAAAUCGGUUAAUAACCACGCCCACCUCCCAUACAAAGGUUAGGUUUAAAAUUACUAAAAGUCUGUUAACUCACUAACGAAAAACGGCAGAAACACUAAAUUUUACAGAACAAAUACCAGUGGGAAGCUGCACUCAGAUCUUUUCACAAAAUGGAAAACGGGCGUGACAUCGCCCACUUAUGGAUCUAAAACCAUAUCUCAGGAACUACUCGACAGAUUUCAAUGAAAUUCGGUUUAUAAUAUUUUCUUGACAACCUGAUGAUACGUGUGGAAAAUGGAUAAAAUCGGUUCACAACAAUGACAACUUCCCAUAUAACUCAAUUUUGAAUUCCAUCUGAUUCCUUCACUUUAUAACAUAUACAUAUGGAACCAAUGAAGAUAGUGAAAUAAAACUUUGCACAAAUACACUAGCGCCCAUAGAGCAGAUCAUAGUGGCAUCACUUGUGAAAAAAUUUUCGAAAUCGGUCUGUAACUUUUCAAAGCCCUAGAUAUCGAAUAUGAAGAACUCCGUGCCUUAUGGUAAUUUUUCAACGAAAAUGUCGGUAAAUCUCUCAGAUAUUUUAAUUCAGAGGAAAUCUUUCUCUGUACCAGAAAUGGUUAAAAUCGGCUCAUAACUUGCUAACCCUUGUUCCAUAUAACUAAUAUUAGGGGUUUUAAACUUUAAAUGGACUUUAUAAUAUAUAUGUAUAUGCCGAAUAUGUGAGUCAAAUUGUGUGUUAUCUUAAUAAAAAUAUAGCAAUAAAUUGCGAGAGUAUAAAAUGUUCGGUUGCAACCGAACUUAGCCUUUCCUUACUUGUUUUUUUUUUUUUUUUUUGAUUUUGCCAAUAGUUAGUUACAAUAGCUAAUCGCUUUUACACAGCACUUUUAACACAGCACUAACGCAGUUCAUUUCACUACACUAGAGCUGUUCUGUCGCCUAAUCCAUAUUUAGAUUUUCCCACUGGGGUGCCACUACUAUAGAUAGCUUGUAAGUUGUAUGCAUAUAAUGUAAUAUUUUACUUAGUUUAGCUUUAGUUCUUAGUUAGCUUAUUAGCAAAAAGCGAAUCGCAAAUUAACAGCGGUACCAGAGUACCGUUCCAAUUUGCAAUCCUAAGUUCAAAUUUGAUUUGUAAGCCUUAGCUUGUUAAGCAGUGUAGUUUUAGUGCAAGCCUUUGCUACUACCUACUAAGAUUGUAGUGUUAGUUUCUUAUUGUGAUGUGUUAAGUUUAGCUCUUUAUAAUGUUGUUGUAAUAUUUUAACUCUGUUAAGCGUAUUUGAUAUGUGUGCGUUAUGUUGCUCAUGAAUGUUUAAGUUCAUUUUUUUACGUAAUUAAUUUUUAGCUAAAACGAAAUUAAGUAAUUUAA